AUGUCUGACUCCAAAACUGAUGGCUGUGACUUCAAUACCCCGGCCCCGCCUAAGAUAUCCGCAUGGGACAUCUGCUGGACCUUGAUCACGCUGGUGGUAUAUGCGCCCUUGUCGGUGCUCACAUCGUUAUGCCACCCAGGUCAGACAUGGGGAGACAUGAAGGAGCAAAUCAGCCAUGAUCUUGUCCUAUGUUUCGGCCGUCGCCUGCCAGUACCCGUUAUUCAGCGCGCAAGUGAGAAGACUGGGGCCAUUAUCAGAAAGUCUUUACGCUACACCGGUGCCCCGUUCCACGUGGCAGAGAAGGUGCAAAAGCCUGACUUCUCGGGAUACUGGGUGUACCGUGACAAGUCAAUCAAAUCUCGCCCUCAAGAUGCAGACCUCGUCCUUUUCCACCUCCACGGUGGAGGCUAUGUAAUGGGCCAUCCGCUUGACAAUGCGCCUGAACUACUCCUCAUCGCAGAGACACUGUCGCAACGCAGUCAUACGGUGGCCGUGUUCUCUCUAGAGUACUCGCUUGUACCAACCGCGCGGUUGCCGACACAGCUUACUCAAACCACCGCUGCAUAUACCUGGCUCAUAAGCGAACUACGCAUAAAUCCAUCCAAACUAUACCUCAUUGGAGAAUCAGCUGGUGGCCAUUUGAUCCUCUCUCUUCUUACAACGCUGUACGAAAGAUCUGUAGAUCAGAAUCCGCUUGCCCUUCCAAAGCCAGCGGCGGCUUUCUUGAUCAGUCCUUGGGUAAACCUAAACCCAUGCGGAGCCGACGCACGAGCACGACAUCAAGGUCUGGACCCCCGCAGCGCGGCAUUCAAACACGUACUCGAGCGUUUCUCCAACCUAGUUCUGCAUGGAGCACCUCCCGAAUACCUAAAGCUACACGGCAGUUUUGCGCACCGGGCGCCAGGACGCGGCUCGUGGAAGUACAUUCUACCCCCAACCACGUGGGUCUCCGCGGGCACCGCAGAGCCUUUGUUCCGCUUCGACAUUGAAGAGUUUGUAGCGGCUUCACGACGCGACGGGGCCGAUGUGAGGUUCGAGCUCGCGGAUGGAAGAGUACAUGUUUGGCAGUCCGUUGAGGCCCGGGAUCAGGAAGGAAAGUUUCUGGCGUUGGCGCCGGGAACAGACGAUGCCCGGUUGAUGCCAGGGUAUCGACAUAUUGCAGAGCUGAUAGUUGGUUGCUUAGAGGAUCGAGCGUAA